GCCGCCCCCGGGACCUGCGAUCCGCGCAGCGCUGCGAGGAGCGGAGCCCGCGCUGCCCGAUGCCUGCGCACUUGCUGCACGAGGAGGAGUUCUCCUCCACUUCCAGCACCACCACUGUCGGCACCGUCACCUCCCGGGUGACCAAGAACGGGGAUGCUGUCAUGAAGAAGGACUCAUUCAAUCAUGAGGAGUUGGCAGGAGACCGGGGCAUGAUAGACGAUAUCUUUGAUGAGACCUACCGGGAGAAGGAGGGCCCUAAGCCCCCCAUGCGAUACGUCUGGAGGAAUAUCAUCCUCAUGAGCCUGCUGCAUCUGGGAGCCAUAUUUGGGUUGAUGCUGAUACCUUCUGCAAAGAUCCAGACAUUGGCAUGGGCUGUUCUGUGUUUCCUGGUGAGUGCUCUGGGAAUAACAGCAGGAUCUCACCGCCUCUGGAGCCAUCGAUCCUACAAAGCUACACUGCCCCUGAGGAUCUUCCUGACUAUUGCAAACUCCAUGGCCUUCCAGAAUGACAUCUAUGAGUGGGUGCGGGACCACCGCGUGCACCACAAGUUCUCUGAGACAGAUGCAGACCCUCACAACGCCAUGCGGGGCUUCUUCUUCUCCCACAUCGGGUGGCUGCUGGUGCGCAAGCACCCGGACGUCAUCGAGAAGGGGCAGAAGCUGGACCUGAGUGACAUAAAGGCUGACAAAGUGGUGAUGUUCCAGCGGAGAUACUACAAGCCCUCGGUGGUGUUGCUGUGCUUCACGCUGCCCACUGUAGUGCCCUGGUACUUCUGGGAUGAAUCCGUCAUCAUCAGCUUCUUCAUUCCAGCCAUCCUACGCUACACCAUAGGGCUCAAUGCCACUUGGCUAGUGAACAGCGCUGCUCACAUGUUUGGCAACCGGCCAUAUGAUCAGAACAUCAACCCACGGGAGAACCCCCUGGUCAGCCUGGGGGCUCUAGGAGAAGGCUUCCACAACUACCACCACACCUUCCCCUAUGACUACUCCACCAGUGAGUUUGGCUGGCGCUUCAACUUAACCACAGCCUUCAUUGACCUCAUGUGCUUCCUGGGACUGGCCAGUGAUCGCAAGAAGGUCUCCAAGGAGGUCAUCCUGGCUCGGAAAAUGCGGACUGGAGAUGGGAGUCACAAGACUGGCUGAGUUCCUACUCCCCUAUACACACACAUCCACACCUUCCUACUUUUUUCUCCCUUUCUCCUUUCCUGACCCCUCCAAACACGCUGGACAAAGGUUUAAUGUUCUGUUUACUAACUACUGAAUAAUGCUACCAAUUUGCUUAAGAUAAUGAGUUUUAACUCCCCCUCCCACACUGUAUUUUACGUGAUGUAUUUAAGAUCUAGGAUUCCGCCUUUAUAAUGCAAGGCCACCCCUUUCCCUCCUCUCCUUCUCCU